AAAAAAAUUGUCGCCAAGUUCGCUUUUUCCUUCCUCCGUCGGCUCCCCCAAUAUAUAAAUACGGACCAGCGAAGGCGCAGGAAUUUCAAUUGCAACAAAACCAGCGGCCAAAUAUCUGGUAUUCUGGUUUCGAUCUUAUUCCGAAACAAACCCCGCUGAUAUUUUGUUGGAAAAAGCAAAGGGAAUUCGCCGGAGAAAAGAAAUGGGUGAGGGCGGCAACGGCAUGUUCGAAUCAAUCAGGGACUGGGUCUCCGAGCACAAGAUGAGAUCCGUCGCGACCUUGUGGGCGAGCGGGAUUGCUGGCUCGAUAGCGUACAAUUGGUCGCAACCCAACAUGAAGACCAGCGUCAAGAUUAUUCAUGCUAGGUUGCACGCGCAGGCAUUUACAUUGGCUGCUCUCGUUGGAUGUGCUGCAGUUGAAUACUAUGAACGUACACAAACUGAAACAGCAAAAGCGAAAUGAGCACUUGAGGUUGCAAAUUGCCAGGGAAAGGGCGGGCUCAAAUGACUGGUUCAUGGCCCAUUUCCAAGUAUUCUAUUGCUGUAGUCCUAACGGUAUUGCCAUUGGUUGAAGAGGGUUACAGUUCCUUAUAAUUUUGUUUUUGUUUCUAACUUAUUGUUUAUUCGGGCAGACAUGUGUACUGUAUACAUUAUACUUUUCCAGUCGUUAAUAAUAGUUUCACUCUCCACUAGUCCGGUUACUUCAACCGCUGGAGCUAGAACCAUUAUCACCAUUCCUUGUCGAAGUCAAUCUCGAAUGGUGUUUUCAAUCAUCUGUAUAUCUUAAAUAUG